CAAUUUAGAAAAAUACGGAAAAAUACAUGGAGAGAUUUCACGUGGAUGAAGAUGGCAGGUACCGGUGAUUCAUCGAAAAUAAAUGCGAUUCCUGACAUAAUAGUAGACAAGCCAGAGAUCAGUGAUGUCGACAGAGAAAAAGCAGAGGCUCUCAAAGAUAAAGCUAAUACAUUUUUCAAAGCUCAAGAUUUUCAACAGGCAAUCACCUAUUACUCCGAGGCUAUAGAGAUCAACCCCACAGUAGCUGCUUUCUACGGGAAUAGAAGUUUUGCUUACUUGAAGACAGAAUGCUUUGGAUCAGCGUUAGAAGAUGCAAGCAAGGCCUUGGAAUUGGACAAGUCUUAUAUCAAGGGAUACUACAGGAGAGCUACAGCUAACAUGGCUCUUGGGAAAAUCAAGAUAGCGUUGAAAGACUAUGAAAUGGUGGUGAAGUACAGACCGAAUGAUAAGGACGCCAGAACCAAGUACACAGAAUGCAGUAAACUGGUCAAACAACAGGCCUUCGAGAGGGCCAUCAGAGGCACCCCUGAGGAUAAGAAGUCUAUCAUAGAUACCAUUAAUAUAGAAAACAUGAUCAUUGAAGGUGAUUAUGAAGGACCCGCUCUGGAGAAUGACAAAGUUACCAAAGAUUUCAUGGUGAAGCUUUUACAACAUUUCAAAGAUGAAAAAACACUCCAUAGAAAGUAUGCUUAUACGAUGUUAGUACAAAUCUUAGCAAUGUUUAAGAAGUUACCUAGCUUGUGUGACAUCACAAUACCAGAAGGCAAGAAGUUCACAGUAUGCGGCGAUAUUCACGGACAGUUCUACGAUCUACUCAAUAUAUUUGAGAUCAAUGGCUUACCGUCAGAAGAAAAUCCAUAUCUAUUUAAUGGCGACUUUGUAGACAGGGGGUCUUUCUCUGUAGAAGUUAUUCUCACACUAUUUGGGUUCAAGCUGCUUUAUCCUGAUCACUUCCAUUUAUCAAGAGGUAACCAUGAGAGUGACACGAUGAAUCAGAUGUAUGGUUUCUACGGUGAGGUGAGAUCCAAGUACACCAAUCACAUGGCAGAUCUCUUCCAAGAGGUCUAUAACUGGCUACCUCUGGCACAACUUAUCAAUAACAAAGUCCUGGUCAUGCACGGAGGGCUGUUCAGUCAAGAUAAUGUAACGAUAGACGACCUGAGAACUAUAGAUCGGAACAGGCAGCCGCCAGAAUCGGGUUUGAUGUGCGAGUUACUUUGGUCUGAUCCCCAGCCUAGGCCGGGUAGGUCGCCCAGCAAGAGAGGUGUCGGGAUCCAGUUUGGUCCAGAUGUCACCAAGAAUUUCCUGGAAUACAACAACUUGGAGUACAUCGUCAGGAGUCAUGAAGUUAAGAACGAUGGCUAUGAGGUUACUCAUGAUGGGAAGUGCAUUACAGUGUUUUCAGCGCCUAAUUACUGUGAUCAAAUUGGCAACAAAGGGGCUUUCAUUAAUCUAGGUUCAGACCUCAAACCAAACUUUAAGACGUAUGAAGCAGUGCCUCAUCCUAACGUCAGACCGAUGGCCUAUGCAAAUUCUAUGUUUGGAUUCAUGUGAUGCUACCUUCCCUCCUAGUUCGUUUAAAGACACUGUGUGUAUGUGUGUGUUGAUUUCUACCAAACGGACACAAUUCUGCCAGCCGCCACCUGUCUGCUGCCGUUGGUCGCCCCGAUUUCAUUGGAAUCCCUGCAUUGCGUGGGAGAUGCUCGACGUGUGAAGGGUGAUCCUAGGUUGAAGGUGCAACAUGCCCCAACAAAAUUUUGAUUUGAAUCGAUAGAGAAAAUCAAACGAGCAAAACACUGAAAAUUUCAUCAAAAUCAGAGGUUUGGAUAUUUUGCAUAAAAGGGUGAUAUAUGCGAAUGAGAGAGCUGAUGUCAGACACUUGGUACUUCUUUUGUGAGCCGAAUUAGAAUAAGGUCAAAGGUCAAUGAACUUUCCAUGACUGGCACUGUGCUUUGUUGUAUACAUAAUAACUUUUUAUAUCUUCGAGGUAGGAUUGCCAAAUUCAAACAAGAGGUCCAUCUCUUGAAGGUGCAGGUCAAGUUCAAAUGUGAGUUGAAUUUGAUUAAGGUCAAAGGUCAAUGAACUUUCCAUGACUGGCACUGUGCUUUGUUGUACACAUAAUAACUUUUUAUAUCUUCGAGGUAGGAUUGCCAAAUUCAAACAAGAGGUCCAUCUCUUGAAGGUGCAGGUCAAGUUCGAAUGUGAGUUGAAUUUGAUCAAGGUCAAAGGUCAAUGAACUUUCCAUGACUGGCACUGCUGUGUUGUACACACAAUAACUUUCUAUAGCUUCGAGGUGGGAUCGCCAAACUCGUAACAGAGGUCCAUCUAAGUCAUAUAGCAUACAUGUAGUUUUGACAUGCAGUCUCUUCAUGACUGCAAUAUGCAGGCGAGACAAUGCUUGGCGUUUGCCUUAUUUAGUAAAGAAUGGUAAACAUGGUUCGAUUCCAUAUGGAAAAUGUAAAAUCAUUUGUGUAAUUGUGCUGUGGUGAAGACCUUUUUACCAUCAAAUCUUAUCGUAAAAAAUCCAGUGCUCAUCUGAUUUUUUUCUAUUUGUUCAAAUCAUCUUAUUGUUGGGAUGGACUUGAUGACCUUCCAGGUUUGGUGUUGGUGUUGAAAGUGUUCAUAAUGCUUCUGAAAUGGCAUUGGUAGCUCAACACCAAGUGAUGUUAACACCCAACACCAGCUUCAUCUCAAUUUGGUGUUAUGAAACACGAUUAAACACGGUCAUCUUUCCACGAUACAUGGGGUCUUGUCUUCAUCUGUAUCCAAGUGUAUCCAACAUGUCAUCAAUCUCUGUCUCAAGAUCUCUCGACUUGCAUCGAUGCGAACCUUUUACUUCACAGAAACACAGAGGAAUUAUAAGAAAGAAAAAUCCCAAUUGACGACUGCCACCAAGUACCCAAUGUGGAUGCUCAGGAAUAGCACAACAUAUCUAUCAGUUCACAAAUUGUUAAGCUUUUGCUCUCAACGCACACAUAAAAAUUGUUGGAGAGCUACUGAGUGUAGCCUUCCUCAACGAUGUGACCCGAUUUGACCUUAGUGACGCAAUGGUCAUGCCAUAGAUAUUCGGAAGCUUGUCAUGAUCACGUCAAUCAAUUUAUUGGUAGCAAUGAAGAUUUCCAAAGGAUAUCCCGGCAAAAAUGUUCACCCGUUGGAUUGGAGAAGCAGAUGAAAGAUCGUUCAUCCGUUCAAGCAGAACUGCAGAAGAAAUUGCUUCGCUUUUCCUACCCAUAUGUUCAAUGGUUGUAUCAUCAAUAUUCGCAAUGUCUGCCAAGAAACUUUUGAAGGGAAAGUCCUCUCUAACAAAAAGUUGGUAUAGAAAGAUAGAGAGAAAUCAAACAAGCAUAAUGCGAAAUAUUUCAUGAAAAUUGGAUGUAAAAUAUGAAAGUUGUGAUGUUUUUUAAUUUGCUUAAUUUCACAUAACAUUUAUAUUCACAUCCUAGUCAUUGUGGGAAUUAGGGAAUGUGGUUUACGUCACUUACUUACUAUUUCUCUUGUAUUUUAUUGUGUGAAAUAUGGAAUAUCUUAAUUUUUUCCUCUUAGUUUUUAACAAAAGGUUUAAUUCCUCUGUGAUCAUGUGGAACUGUCAUUUUUGCAACACAUUUUGAUUUGACAAAGUGCUUUAUUAUCAAAACUGCAAAAAUUUGAAAUACUCGAAUUCGAGAAUGAAAUAUAAAACAAAUAGUAAGUGUGUGACAUCAGCUGUCUUAUUUGUAUAUCAUCCCAGUUUGUCAUAUAAUUCUUUUGUGAAAAUAAGCAAAAUGAUCAAAUGCUCUAACUUAUUAACUUACAUAAGAUUUUGACUAAUAUUUUCAGCAUUUUGAUUGUUUGAUUUUUCACUACAUAUUCAAAUUAAUUCAUUGUUGACUUGCUCUUUAACCAUUGCUGAGGCUGCCAUUGUCAAUGCUAGCUCACUACUGUAGCUUAAUUUAUUUAAAAAAAAUCAUAAUUACUAUUUUGGUUUAAAAAGGAAAAUCUUAAUUAAAAGUCAUUUUAUAGAGUAAGUUUGACCUUUUAGUCCAGCUGUAAGCAAUUGAAACAAUAUCCUUUGUAUGUAAAGAAUAAUUCUGGGCGAUUUAAAGACAAAAUACAAUUAAAUACAAAAAAAUAAUCUUACUUGGUAACGCUACAUGUAUACCAAAACUUCAUGAGUGCACGAAGACUGACUCCUGUCUGCAUUAUCAUGUAUUUCUCUCAAAAUGCAAACAUGAGCUAUCACUUUCAGGCCUUAAAGGAGAAUGAAACUCUUGGAGCAAGUUAGCUUUUGUGAAAGCAGAAAAAUCAAAGAACAAGAUCAACAAAAGUUUGAGUAAAAUAGGACUAGCAAUAGAAGAGUUUCGAGCAUUUGAAAGUUGAGAUCACUAAUGCUAUAGAGAUCCUCCAUUGGCAAUGCGACCAAGAUCUAUGAUGUCACAGAUGAACAACUCUCCCCUUUUGGACACUGAAAAUAUACCCCAAAACAUCUCUUUUUGCUCAUUCUAAUCAUAUGACAAAUGAUUCAUCAAUGAUAUAAUGUUGUGAAACCUCUGUACUUGUCCUCUCAUAAACACCUCACAUUGUGAUAGACUCUAUAAAAGUGAGAAUAUAAGUACUAAAGUAAUGAGGGAGUUGUACGUGUGUGACAUCACAGAUCUUGGUCGUAUUGCCAAUGGGAGGAUCUACAUGGCAUUAGUGAUCUCAAUAUUCAAAUGCUCAUAACUUUCUUAUUAUUCAUUCAAUCUUCCUCAAACUUUUAACAAUAUGUUUCUUUGAUUUUUCUCUUUGAUAUGGAUUCAGCUGGUUUCAAGGGUUUCAUUCUCCUUUAAGUAAGUGUAUUUGUAAACGAGAGCACAUCAGUAUAUUAUCCAUUGUUUUGUUAAUCACAAGUCCCCCAUUUUUAAAUCUCUUUUCUAAGCAGUGGAGCAUUAUAUUCUUAUAUUUUAAUUGGCACUUUUGUGUAUGAUUCAAAUGAGGUUACAUUCAAUCAGGCUAAUUAAGUCCAGUACUUUUUUUUACUUCAAAAUUCAUUCACCCUUAUUUACAGUGCUUAGUGUACUUUUUUACUCCACAAUUCAUUCACCCUUUAUAUUUACAGUGUCUAAUUUACAUCUAUUCAAUUGAACGUUAUUGUCAUUUCCAUUAUCUGGUCAUGGAAAUACUGCCCUCAAUUGUUAGUUUCACAUGCAAUCUAUUUUAGGUGAAUUUACUAAACAGUCAUUGAUGGAACAUGAUUUGAACUAUAUAAAACAAAUAAUGAAUAGCCAAGUUGAAUGGAUCAUUCAUUUCAUCUUUCACCGAAUGAAGUAGUCUUUCCACUGCACUCAUAAACAUUCAUUAUUUGGUUUAUAUGACACCUAAAAAUAGAUUCUUUUUCAUGUGAAAUUUGUGAAUUUCGAUGCAAAAUAUGCUCAUGCAGUGCGAGCUCGGUCAGUUGAUUAUCGCGUACAUACAACAUGCGUGCUGCAAACACGAGUGGUGUCUGUAAUCUGGGUGUGCGCGUGUAAUGGACAAAAUUGUAUGGAUCCAAAAUUGCAUGAUGAAUGGAUCUAUAAUUGCACGGUUGAUGACGUCAUUGUAAUAUUGGCUGAAUGAUCGAUAUGGACCAACCAAUCAAAUGACAAGGAUCUAUCUAGGUGUCAUAUAAUAAGCAAAUACCGGUAAUGAAUAAUAAUGCAAUGGACAGAAUACUUUACGAGGUGAAAGAUGAAAUGAUCUAUUCAACGAAUGAAGUAUUCUGUCCGUUGCACAAAUAAAACAAAAUUCAUUAUUUGUUUCAUAUGACACCUAAUAUGCAUAAAAAUAGAUCCUUGUCAUUGGACAUUUAUGCAUUUGGAUGCAAAAGUACAUGAAGUGCGGGUGCGGUCUGUUGAUUGUUGCAUACAACAUGUGCACGCUGCACUUACGUGAAGUGCCAGUAGCCUCGGCUAGCGUGUGCAAUGGACAAAAUUGCACGGAUGAUGACGUCAUUGUAAAUGGGUUGGAUGAUCAAUAUCAAAUUACCAAUCAAAUGGCAGGGAUUUCACUCGGUGUCUUGUGAUGCGUUAUACACUACAUGAGUGGAAGAGCUGUGGUGUAGUUGUUCAGACUCUUGCCUUGUAACCAGAUGGUCAAUCCACACUUUGCAACGUAUAUGUACCUGGUAGGAUGUGGUGAAAAUCAUUUUAGCUUGUCCCAGCAUUGUUAACGGCACCGGCGUACAGAUGGGGGAGGGGCUUAGGAGGCAUGCACCCUCCCCCCCUCAAAAAAAAGAAACUUUCACAACCAAGAAAAAAAAGGAGAAUGAUAAAGAAAUAGAAAAUAAAUAAGGUAAAUAUGAACUGAUGUAUGUUUUGAUUCAUCUAGGAAGAGAUACAGAUUACGAAUAGAAAUAAAUCUUAUCAUCUGGACCCUGUUUCAAACCAUUAAGUCCAGGUGAUCAGAUUUAUUUCUAUUCGUAAUAAGGUAAAUAUUUCACUUAUUUCUUAUUAUUAUAUCAAAAUCUAUCACAAUUAGAUUUUCCCUGUAAAAAGAUACAUUUUUUUCCCCACGCUUGCAGGAUUUUAGAGAUAUUGCCCUGUACAGCAUGUCUGGCCCCCUCAAAAUUUUGUUUCAUUACACCACCGGUGAACGCCUCACUUAGUGACUGGCUGGUAUAUUCCCCAGUGAGUGGAGAUUGCGCAUGCAUUUUGUGCGGAAAUGACUGAUUGAAUCCGAUUACUGGGCUAAUGAUAAAGUCUGUAAGCACUUUGGAUACGUACAAUGUAUAUCUUAAGCGCCUCAUAAAUAAUCAGAUUAUUAUUACAAGUUCAUUUUAUUACAGCUACCUUUACAUCAUUUCUCUUUCUUUGUUCUCAAAUGAUUUGACUUUGGCAGAGGUAUUUGCUUUACUUCUAAUGAGAUUUCUUGCUCUAUUUUCACAGAAUACAAGCUCAUUCCUAAGCUGACAUUUAUAUUUUUACAUUGUGUGAUGUAUUAUCAAGAAAAUGUUGUGCAUUUUGUAUAUGACAGAGAGAGAGAGAGAGUGUGUUGGGUGCAUGUGUGAGUGAUUUUAUGUUAUUUAUGUUGAUCGAUUCAAAGCUGCAUUUCUUUGGCCUCAAACUGGAUAGAUUUUGAAUGGAAAGUGUACUAGAGCUUUUAUUGAAUAUUUUAUAAUGUUUUUGUUUUUUUCGAACAGAUUAUCUUAUAUUUUCAGUGUGAUUGGCUCAGAUGAUUUAUGUUAUUCAUAAAAUUUGCCAGAGAAAUCAUAGCUUUGUGAGAUUUAUCCUCAAAAUUGCAUAUUUAAUGAUCAACAACAAUAUGGAGGACUAUCUUCCCAAUAAAUAAUUGCAAACAAUGUCAA